CAUGGCGGCCAAGAGGGAAAAAAACAUUUUUUAUUUCACUGGCUUUUUAACACGUUUGAUUCAACGGUAGCUGGAUUAGAUUAUUGAAAUAUUGUAUUGAAUUGAACAAGCUGUACCUUUGAAAUUGAAAYUAAAAUGGCGUCCUUGCUUCAAAACAAGAGGUUAUUCAUUGGAGGUCUUAACUCCGGGACCAGUGAACAAGAUAUCAGAGAGAGAUUCAAAACGUUUGGUACUGUGUUAUCUGUUGAUCUACACAAAGUUCACAAGAAAGAAGGGUUUCCUGAGAAAACAUUUGCAUAUAUUGACAUUGAAUCAUCAGAAACCAACAUAAAAAGAUGUAAGUCACAAACAAUGAAAGAACUGAUUGAGCCUAUACGGAAUGCUGUUCCUGGUACUCAAUUACCUGGACAACGAAACUGGGUUGUUGGUAAAUUUGGCAGAGCUUUGCCUGUUGUUCAUAUGCGUCCAAAGCAUGGAAGAAAAGUAAUGACAUUUGACCCAAGCAAAACUGUACAUAACMUGAAGAGAAUUAAAGAGGAAAAAGAUMGUAAAAAUGUUUCAGAACUGACUUGGAAYCUUGAGUCAAGAGGUUGGUAUCCCUGGGAUGUGUGUAAAGCCAAAGACUCUCAAAAUYGUCUUGAUAGUUCYAGUGAGAGCAGUGAGGAGGACAUUGUAAUUCAUAAAUCAAAGAAAAAAGCUAAYUUAUCAAAGAAAAAUAGCAGUCAUMUUCWUAGAAAAGACWUMCAAUGUGUAGAAAGUCAGGAGCAUUAUUCKCAGAAUGAAAUGGACUUGAAUGGCAAUUUGAAAAAAAGACCUAAAAUGAAGAACUUUGAAAAUGAGAAUACAUCAGAUUCUGAGCUCAACUGUGAUAAAACAAAGAAUAAGAAAGCAAGUUCAGAAGAUACUUCAUUCAAUAAAUGGAAAAGAUCAUCUGACUMUAUUCAAGAGGAUGUGGAUAACAUGGUUAGCUCAAAGAAAAAGCACAAGGAAAAAAAGAAAGAUAAAAUAAAAAAAGAGAAGAAAGAUGACGACUCAAUUGACAAACCAGUCAGCAACAAAACAUCACUUCAGCAUGACAACAAUUUCCAAGAAAAUGUAAAAAGGAAAAGAGAGAGAAAAAUGUCAAGUCAAGAUGUUCAGGAUGAUAGCAUGAGUAGUGAACCAAAUAUAACAAAUGAAAAUGAUUUUAUUGAACAUGCAAAAGAAAAACAAAAAAAGAAACGAAAAGAUGAAAAUACUCUUGGUCAGAAUGAUGAUAUUUCAGCUACAUGUAAUACGUCCAUUGAAACCAAUGGUGUAGAUGUGGACAGUGCAAGACAAAGCGAGAAAAAGAAAUCAAAGAAGAAAACAAAAGGAAGUAAAAAAAGAGAAUUGACUUCAGAAGAAGAUGACCAGUCUUUGACCAAAAUUGAUGGAAAAACUUUUGACAAGAAGUUAAAACAUAAAGAAAAGAAAAAUGAUCAAGAAGACAAAGAAAAAACAGUGACAGAAGACGUGGAUAAUAAUAAAGCUUAUUUUACAGCCAUGCAAAAAGGUAGUGACGAAGCUGAAGAGUCUGUCAUUGUAGAGAAAAGUAAUAAACAUGGGGAUCAAGAUAACAGAAAGAGAAUGUCAGGGGAUAGUGUCUUAGUAAAUGGAGACAUUAAAAGUGAUGUUGAAAAGAAACCAAMCAUUUCAAAGAUUAAUCUUCCUAAUGAAAAAAUUCUCAAAACAAAGGAUUCAUCUUCUUCUACCAAAAAUAUAAAUUCUACAAAGAAAGUCACGUCCAAUGAAAAGCGACUUAAAGCCAUCAAAGAACGAGAAGUAAAUACAAGUACAAAGCAGUCAAUUAUAAGCACUGCUUUACAAAAUCUUGACAAGAAUGACAAGCCAGAGAAUAUAAAACACAUUAAAUUUGAUGAUAAUGACGACCAUGAUGACUGGGAUAAUAAWGAUUCUCUGGAACAAGGAAAAACUGAAAAACUGUCAAAACGUCAAAUACAAGGAAAAAUAUCAGGAACAAAGGCCGUCAACUGGCUGGGUUUAGUUAGUGACAGUGAUGACAGUAGUGACGAGGAAACAUUUGAUGCUAAACCUCAAUUUGAAGGGAAAUCAGGCCAAAAGCUGUUUCAGUUACAAAAGACGUACAGAGGUGACAGUAGAUUUCAGUUGGACAAAAGAUUCAUCGAUAGUGAUGAUAAUGAUGAUAUAGAGGAAGAUAUAACUGUUUCACGUGAAAAGGAAGAAGAUACCGAUGACGUCACUAUUGAUGAAGAUGAGCUGACUAAACAGUUAUCCCAAGAAAAGAGCAUGGAGAUGUCAGUCUUGCAAGGAAUCUUAGGAGAGAACUUUGGCAGUAAAUACAAUACCAGUACACAAAAGCAUACAUUCAAAGACAGCAGUCUCCUGCGAUACGAUCCAACACGAGAAGAUCAUGCYCAAUAUGAACAGACUCCAAAAAAGGACAGCAUCAGUGAGCCUGCUGUUGAAGAAAGUCAGCCCAAGACACCAGUUGACAUGCGUAGUAAUGUACCGGAAGUCGCAGUUGAUAAAUACUAUGACGUCAAAACUGAUGCGCUGACCGAAAUGUUUAGUGGGAAGAAAAAGGACGAAACACCCAGUACAUUCACGUUCUUAUCAAAUCAAGAUGACGAGGAUGAGUCAUCAAGUCCCAUGGAAUGGGGACAAGCCGAAGUACUGCAAUCUAAACCAUGGAAUCCAGUCAUGUUACCGUACGACAGCAGUGGAGACGAACAAGAACCCGACGAGGUCAUGGAAGACUCUCAGAAAGAUGACCAUUCUUUACCAGAUGAACGUUUCUUCUUUCAUUUUGGUGACUCAGAAUUGGAAAGCUCAGUUUAUGGUCAAGAAAACCCUUUUUCGAGAACAAUGACUCUUGAAGAACUCAAUGAACACUGGGUGAAAGUCAGAUCUGAACUGACUCAGGAUUACAAGAAGAAGCAUAAAGAUGCAAUGCGAAGACACAGCAAAAUGGCUGCCAGGAGAGCAAGGACGAGAUAGAGAAAGCUUACGCGAAGAGGUUUAUUGUUGAAGACAGUCUCGUAGAUAGCUUGUCGGCAGAAAGAAUGCUCACUGUGUAGGGGAAAUUUUAAGAUAGAAAGAAAUGGUUAGUUCGUUCAUGAUGAGGAAAUGAGACAAGGAAGAAGGUAUGGAACAGUUAUAGUGUAAAAAGGAUACAUUCAUGAAUUGAACACGCAAAAUAUGUAUAUUUCUGCGCAAGUUUUAUUUGCGCCAUUUUCUUUUUUCUGUAACAAAACGGCGUAAAAUUCAGGAUGGCGCGCAGUAGUAAUUUUUCCAAAAUAUAUCGUUAAAACGAGAGAAACCAACAUUUUGCUGUAAUUCCUUGAUUUACUCCAACAAKGGAUGUCUCCAGGAGCUUCAGCCAUAAACAUUUUUUGCUUUGUGUUUUUGAAUGUAACCACAGUCUAGUUUGAACGCAGCCAAAUUUCCAACGGCGUAUCAGUUAACAAUAAAUAUCUUUACGAAAAGGAACAAGAUUUUAUACAAUUCAGUAAUAUAUUAUGUGUACCUCAAAUAGAAUUGGUUUUAUUAAUAAAUUAAUUUGAGAAACGAACGAGAAAUGAACAAGAGAACUUCAGAGUAAGGCUUUUAUUAUAGAAUCAAAAAUCUCAAUGUUUCCUACAAUCAAUCACAACUGAGUUUAUUAUACGUCUUGUUUCUUGUUAUGGUUUAUUUGGUGAAACUUCCAAACUACAGUAUAAAUCCAUACUAACGUGUUUGUAUGGGGGUUUCAAAGUGUGUAAGUCAGCUAAGAAAUUUUAUCCCGCUAGAGUUCCCUCAAAAGUUUUAACACUAAUUAUCUACAAUUAUUAGUAAAUAAGAAUAAAUAUUAUUUUAAAA